AUGAUGGAGACCCUGGAAGGAACAGAACUCUGCUUUCCACAACUCCUCAACACUUCGUGCAAGAAGACCAAACGUUCCUACUCUGUAGCCACGCUUAUUUACAUUCUGCUGUCCUCCAUCUCUCUGCUCACUGUGACUCUCAACCUGCUGGUCAUCAUCUCCAUCUUCCACUACAAGCAGCUCCACACCCCUACCAACCUGCUCCUUCUGUCUCUGGCUGUCUCAGAUUUCUGCGUGGGCUUCCUUAUGUUGUUACAAAUUGUCCUCCUCAAUGGCUGCUGGCCCCUGGGUAACCUUUUGUGUUCUGUGUAUUAUGUUUUGGACUACACUAUUACCUCUGCCUCUAUAGGAAACAUGGUGCUCAUAUCUGUUGACCGCUAUGUGGCUAUUUGUGACCCUCUGCAUUACCCCACCAAAGUCACUCAAACAAGAAUUAAAAUUUGUGUUUGUCUGUGUUGGAUCUGUUCUCUUCUCUUUCACUGUGUGCGGUUUAAGGAUAACCUGAAACAACCAGGUAGGUAUAACUCCUGCUCUGGAGAGUGUGUGCUUGUAAUUGAUUAUGCUGCAGGAAUCACAGAUACUUUUUUGUCCUUUAUUGGCCCUGUCUCUGUCAUUGUAAUUCUGUAUAUGAGAGUAUUUGUGGUGGCUGUGUCUCAGGCUCAUGCUAUGCGUUCCCACACUGUCACACUGCAGUUUUCAAUGACUACUUGGAAAUCGGAGAUGAAAGCAGCCAGGACUCUCGGUGUUGUUGUAGUUGUGUUUCUAAUAUGCAUCUGCCCAUAUUUCUGUGUCACACUCAAAGGCCAGGACAUCUCACUCAAUGCCUCAUCUUCAGCCUUUAUAAUAUUUCUGUUCUAUUUUAACUCCUGCCUAAACCCUGUGAUAUAUGCCUCUUUUUAUCCAUGGUUCAGAAAAUCUAUUAAGCUCAUUGUUACACUUAAGAUACUGCAGCCUAACUCCUGCGAUUCCAACAUACUGUAG